GGCCAACUCUGCACAGGAUAAAUAAUGACAGACUUUGACUGCUGUUGCUCACAACACCUGUGGUCACUGAGGGACAUUUUUAUAAAGUACAUGUACACUGUCCUUUUUCUUUCUUAGAGGUCUCUCUGAAGGGUUGAGGUUUUACAAUGACGGGCGCUCUGCUGCUGGUGUUGCUGUUCUGUCUGUCUGGGACAUCAGCUCAAGGAGUGAGCGAAGGAGCCGAAGGUUCACAGACGAGUGGUCAGAUCUGGAAUGAGCUAAGAGCUCUGAGAGACAUGGUUGUGGAGCAAAAGGUGGAAUUGAGGAAUACCAAGGCUGAACUGCAAACCCAGAGAGACAAAGUGGCUGCUCUAGAGAAAGAGAACGCAGUGAUGAGCUCCAGCCUGACAGCCACUGAAAACAAGGUGACAGCGAUUACAGUGGAGCUGGAAGCCACUAAGACUGAACAGCAGCUCCAGAAGAGAAAAGUGGAGGAGGCUGAGAGACUGAUUUCUGUACAAGCAGCAGAACUGGCAGCCCUGAUCUCCAGAGUGACAGCCAGUGAGAAGGAGGUGCAGGAGCAGAAGAAGGAGGUGACAGCUCUCAGCAAAGACCUGGAUAUUUCUAAGGCCGAAGUACAGCUCGCCCGGAGCAAACUGGAUGAGAUUGAAAGGACGAUUGCAGGCACUCCAAAGCUGGCUUUCUCCGCUGCUUUGACCCUUUCAGGGAAGGUUGGACCUUUCAAUACGGAAACUCCACUCGUCUACAGCAGAGUCUUCACAAAUAUUGGUGGGGCUUACAAUCCAACUACAGGUAUCUUCACAGCACCUGUCAAAGGAGUCUACUAUUUCAGAUUCACUGCUUUCAACAACAAAAACGGAGAAUGGGCGGCAGUCAAUCUAUACCAUAACAGUCAGAGAAUUUUGCAUAAUUCUGAGUUAGCGACUGGUCAUACUUUCAUUUCAAACGCAUUAAUUCUACAGCUGGAACAGGGAAGUGUGGUCUCUAUGCGUCUGCAGGUCAACUGUGGGCUUUAUGAUGAUUCGAGCUCCUUGAACACCUUCAGUGGUUUCCUUCUGUUCCCUUUGUAACGUGCAGAUAUAUUUUAAUCUCCAAGAGGGCCUUGAGGAUUUAUGCCAUUCCAAGUUGUCUAUUACACAACAUUUCAUUCAUACUUGGUGAAUAUUGUCCUUGGUUAACUCGAUCUGAGCGAGUCAUUUAUAUACAAAGAAGAACGAGUUUACCUGUGUGCUGCAGUGACUUAAUAAAUAAAAUGCAUGAUCACCAUCAA